AUGUAAUUAUUUAUUAUCACAAUUCUCGUUUUACUCGUUAAUGGUGACAUAAAAUAAUUGGAUAUAAGAGAAAACCUGGUGUGCAAGUAAUUGAUACUAAAAGGGGAACUAAAAUGCCAAGAGGUUCAUGCAGACAGAAUUGUGACAGAAGAAAUUGAUAUUCCUACAGAGUUUAGUUCAGAUGUUUUAGAGUUGAAUAGUUUGAGUCCCUUCAGAAGUGACACUAGGGCAUCUGCUUUCAUAGAGGAACCUAAGGAGGAUACAAUAUUUAUUAGUGCCAACUUUUAGGAGAUCUACAGGGAUGAUGAGGAUGAAAGUACUGAUCACCGAACAAUUGUAACUGAUUUCAUUUAGAUCCAUGGGCAAUCACAAUGGAUUCCCGUAAUUGUGGAUGAGUAGAAUGUUGGUUGGAAGAAGGAGAGCAAAAAUUUAUAAAACGAUCAUGAGAAAUUGAGACAGAUUUUAAAAUAGAAUAGUUAUUUCAGUUAUAAACAUGAGCAUUUCAAAAGGAGCCAAUUGGAUAAAUACAAAUAUGAAAGGAAUGACAACAAUAGGAUAUAUGGGAAGUGGAAUGACGAGUUGAUAUUCCAAUAUAAUGAUUUACCGUAGAAUCACACGUAUGUACAAGUGACAGCUAACUUUGUGAUGUUGACUGACUUUUGGAGAUUCGGAACUAGAAUGAUAAUGAGAGUUGAUGGUGAAACUGUUUGGAUGCAAUCUCAUCAUUAGAAUUUGAAGAUCUGUUUGUAUUUGGAGCAUCUGUUGAGUGGUAUCCAGAGUAAUCGCAAUUUGCAGACAGAAUUUAAUGAGAUGCUGUAUCAGGAAUGGACUUUGCCAAUCAAUCUGAGUGUCAAACACAUUAGACACAAAUUGCACAUUGAAUUUGGUUUGAUUUUGGGAGUAAAAAUACAAUUGUAAGAUAGCAUUUGCCGAAUUAGUGUUCAUCUGGUUAAUAGUUGUUAUUUCAGGAAUUAGAAUCCAGAUUCCCAUUGUUUAGUAUUGACGAUUUUACACUACAUUAUAAAUGAAUUAAAUAGUCUGCUCUUUGCUUUGGUACUUUUGACAAUCGCAGUCAAUGACAAUCAGACAAAACAAAAAUCAAUUGAGGAAUAACAUCCUUCUCUUUUUAGAGCAUUAAAAAACAUGGCAUUAUUACAAGAGCAAUCACAAUAAUUGGACUACUCUCGUUUGAUCAAUGCCAUCAACGAUCUUGAAUCUGAAAUCGCACAAAACAAGGAAGAUGAAAAUGCCUCAUUCAACAAGGACUUUUUAUCCAACAACGCAGAUUAAGAGUUUUAUGAAAAUCAAAUCACCCAAUAUCAAGUGGAAGUGGCUCAACACGAAGUUGAUUUGGCUGAUCUCACAGAAGCUAGGAACUCAUUACAAUCCUUAUUGAAUGAUGCAAUCAAGGAACAAUAAGAUGUUACACUCCUAAGAAAUCAAUUGGAUCAAUAGAUAAAGACUGAUGCUGCUAAUACUGCUGCCCAAUUACAAGAGUAUGAUGAUUCUGCUGCUGCAAUCGACGAAGCACUUAACUUGUUGACCUCCUUGAAGAAUGCUGAAAGUUUGGCUCAAGUCAAUGACAAAUUGAAGACUCAUUUGAGUAAACAAAAGGUGUUCUUCCAACCCUUGAUCGUUGCUCUUACUGAUAUUGCUUAAUCCAAUUUUGCAAAUCAAGAAUUGAUCAGCAAAGUCACUAAUCUACUCAACUAAUUGAGAACCUCACUCCUAGAAAGCAGAUUACAAUUGGUAGUGUCAUCCUAAGGAUUGGAAACAUUGAAUAAGGAAUUGUUGGGUACCUAUGAUGACAAAUUGAAUGUGUUAUCCACAGUUGUAUUGCCAGAUUUGAGAGAGAACAUUGAAAUCAAGGAUGCUGAAAUCAAGGCCAAGUCAAAUUUACUCAAUGAUGCUAAAUCCAAUUUGCAAGAUGCUCAAGAUAACUUGAAAGCCACUUAAGAUGCUUGGAUCGUGAGAGCUAAUUUGAACUCUAAAUUGGUCUAAUAGUAUGACAAUGAUCUAUCACUUAUUCAAUAAGUCAAAUAAAGUUUUGACAGGGCAGGUAUCAAAUAAUGAUUGAAUAACAACAAUAAUUAUAAAAUA